AUGUCGCGUCCGACUGCGGCAGAAAUCGUCAGGCAAGGCCACUAUCUGGAACCAGACUUUGACCCCGCAUCCCUCACCGUCUCUCAACUACUUGGCGUGUUUGGGUUCCAUGGCAUUGCCUACCCCACUCCAUACUCAAAGACGAAGCUUAUCAACCUGUUCAACGCAGAAAUCAAAUCUAAAGCAUCCAAAUUGAGAACCGCUCGUCUCAAAGCGGCGUCGAGUAUCGCAAGCGACGACGGCAUUACCGAUGGUGUAACAGGCGAACCCUUGACUGCCGCACCGCAGCCUGUCCGACGUUCAUCGAGAAGACUGUCUCGUGCUCCUACCGAAGAACCAGAACCAGCCCCAGCACCGAAACGGAGGCGAUCGUCUGCCCAACCAAACCUUGGAGGGCCAUCCCGCAAAGCAGAACCAGUGGAACCAGCUCUCGUCGAAGAGAGCGAACCCGAGGAGGAGGAACUUCCCGUGCGCAAGAUUGGCAGGAAGAAGACGCAGCAAACUGCAGGUCAGCAAAGCCGUCGAGUAUCCCACCCCGAAGAUAGCGCUUGGGAGGAUAAUAAUGUUUUCCAAUCUGGUGCCGAGUCGUCCUCUCCUGCGCGACCAAAGCCUACUCGGAAAAGCAUAGCUCCAAAGAAGAAACGUAAAUCUGUGUCUGCUCCUCCAGAAGUUGCACCUUCAUCAUCGCCGCCCCGACCUAGGGCGGAGUCACCAUUUUCUCCGCCCCAGUCUAAAUUCACACCAGAAUUUCCAUCCAACAUCAAACGAGAAAUGCGUCUGAUGUCUCCUAAAUUACCUGCUCCGUCAUUUUCGCCUCUCCAGACCAAGGUAGAACAUGACGAAACAUUCGACAAUGGCGAGUCAGAUUAUCCUGGCGACGGUCCAACGGAGGACUUUGGCCUGCUAGAAGAAGACGAAGAAGAGGACGAGGAGGCCGCACCUGAAGACGAAUAUAACGCCGUUAUUUCUCGCAAGAUUGCCCAGGGUGGUGUUGACAAAGCUUCGACGAAAGCGACAGGCUGGGGCAUCAUCAUUCGAGUGAUGCUAUUCCUGUUUAGCUUAGCGUCAAGUUAUGCUGUAUGGGGGUACAAAUCGGAAUCGUCGCUCAUCGGAUAUUGCAACAAGAAUCAGUCAACAAACCAAGCCUUGGAACAUCUUCGUGCAAAGAGACAUGCUGUUGAAGUAUGCCAUCGAGAUAACCAGACGCUGGCUGACGGAUCGCCUUGCCCGCUUCCUGAAAUACCGUUCCUUCAUCCUGACACCUGUACGCCGUGCCCCGCCCACGGAAGAUGCACUCAGUUUCAUGUCACAUGCGACGCUGGUUACUUGUUGGAGCCCCACCCACUCUUGUUUUUCGUGUCGGGUGCCAAUACGCCCAAGGUGAUUGAACAGUCCAUCAGGAGGGCAACCGAUGGUUUACCCGGCUUGGGCAGUAUUGGACUGCCCCCACACUGCGCAGAGGAUCGGCGUGUCAAUUGGUUAGGUCGAGCAGCGAAGAAGGAGUUGGGCGAAACUCGUGGUCGUCGUCUUUGUCAAGGCGAUACCAAACCGUUGUUGGAUGCUUAUGGUGGCGAGGCUAGACGCUGGGGCUACGAAGAGAGCGAGCUUGCCAAGGUCGUCAGCGCUAAGAUUCCCAAGGAAAAGGCGCCAUCAAACUUCAAGGAACUGUUUACUGAGGCAAUCCAGCAACUCACUCGAUUCGAGGAGAUCAUCAUCGGUGAAGAUGUCUCGAGCAAACAACGUUUUGUGGCGCUUAAGACUCCCGCCCUCAGUUGGGAUUGCAAAAUCAUCGUUCAAUCACGUGCCGUCUGGACGGAAUGGCAACUGGUUGUUUAUGCAAUUAUAGGCGUGACAUGCCUUAUGCUCUAUGGACGCCAUCGACGGACACAAAAUGCUACCGAGAACGCGAAAGUCGCGGAACUUGUUCAGACCGCAUUGGAUACUCUCAAAGAACAAGAUCGGGCCUAUCACUCGGACCCACUGUCAGCCAGCGUGCCUUACCUGUCGUCAUUGCAGCUGCGCGAUGUCGUUUUGGCAGAUGAACAUUCGGUUUCCCGUCGGACCAAGCUUUGGUCACGUGUUGAAAAGGUUGUCGAAGGGAAUGCCAAUGUUCGUGUCAACUUGGAAGAGGUAGAUGGAGGAGACGAGAUGCGGGUAUGGCGAUGGAUUGGCGCUGCGUCGCCAACCAAGUGA